CGCGGGCGAGCGCAGCGCGGUGCACCCCGGCUGAGCCUGGCGAGGGCCAGCGGCGCGCGGAGCCGGCGGAGCUGAGAGCGGUCAGGGGCUGAACCCCGCUUUCCCGGACGAACUACCACUCGGCUUGCCCGAGUCCCGGGACAUAACCGGGCCGGUCAGUGUGCCACCCGACCGCUCUGACCGCGGCGCUUCUGGCCCGCGAGGCGUGAGAGUGUCUCGGCUACCGACCCAGAGGGAGCACUCUGCCAGGAUGGGAGCUGCUCACAGGACGGACGUCUCCUUAAGGGUAAUGCUGACCAUUGGUUGGUUCAUCCUGGCCCACUUUCCUGGUGCCGCAUCCACAGGGUCAGCUGAGUGCCCUGAUCAGUGGCCUGAGUUGCAGCCCUGGAAUCCUGGCCAUGAUCCAGCACACUAUGUGUAUAUAGGCCAGGGCAGAGCACUGUUGCUCGCCUCUUCUGCCACGGUCUACUCCAUCCGCAUCUCAGAGGGAGGAAAGCUAGUCAUUAAAGACCAAGAUGAGGCCAUUGUUUUGCGUACCCGGCACAUCCUGAUUGACAGCGGAGGAGAGCUGCAUGCUGGGAGUGCCCUCUGCCCUUUCCAGGGCAAUUUCAGCAUCGUUCUGUAUGGAAGGGCUGAUGAUGGCAUUCAGCUAGACCCCUACUUUGGCCUCAAGUACAUUGGUGUCGACAGAGGAGGUACCCUUGAGUUGCAUGGACAGAAGAAGCUCUCUUGGACGUUUCUGAACAAGACUCUUCACCCUGGUGGCCUGGAAGAGGGAGGCUAUUUUUUUGAAAGGAGCUGGGGUCACCGUGGAGUCAUUGUCCAUGUCAUCGACCCCAAAUCAGGAACAGUCAUCCAUUCUGACAGAUUUGACACCUAUAGAUCCAAGAAAGAGAGUGAGCGUCUGGCCCAGUAUUUAAAUGCCGUGCCUGAUGGCAGGAUCCUUUCUGUUGCUGUGAACGAUGAAGGCUCUCGAAACUUGGAUGAUGUGGCCAGAAAGGCGAUGACCAAACUGGGCAGCAAACACUUCCUACACCUUGGAUUCAGACACCCUUGGAGUUUCCUAACUGUGAAAGGAAAUCCCUCUUCUUCCGUCGAAGACCACAUCGAGUAUCAUGGACACCACGGCUCUGCUGCUGCCCGGGUGUUCAAACUCUUCCGGACGGAGCAUGGUGAGCUUUUCAACGUCUCCUCAUCCAGCGAGUGGGUUCAAGAUGUGGAGUGGACAGAGUGGUUUGAACAUGACCAAGUAUCUUACACGAAAGGUGGAGAGAAAAUUUCAGACCUCAGGGUCACUCACCCAGGGAAAAUCUGCAAUCGCCCCAUUGAUAUACAGGCCACUACAUUGGAUGGAGUCAACCUCACCACUGAGGUUGUCUACAAAAGAGGCCAGGAUUACAGGUUUGUGUGCUAUGACCGGGGCCAAGCCUGCCAGAGCUACCGUGUGCGGUUCCUGUGCGGAAAGCCUGUGAGGCCCAAACUCACCGUCACCAUCGACACCAAUGUGAACAGCACCAUCCUGCAUCUGGAAGACAAUGUACAGUCAUGGAAGCCUGGGGACACCCUGGUUGUUGCCAGUACCGAUUACUCCAUGUACCAGGCAGAAGAGUUCCAGGUGCUCCCCUGCAGAACCUGUGCCCCCAACCAGGUCAAAGUAGCAGGCAAGCCAAUGUACCUGCACAUCGGGGAGGAGAUCGAUGGUGUGGACAUGCGUGCCGAGGUGGGACUCCUGACGAACAUCGUGGUGAUGGGGGAGAUGGAGGAUGAGUGCUACCCCUACAGCAACCACCUCUGCAACUUCUUUGACUUCGACACCUUUGGGGGCCACAUCAAGUUUGCACUGGGAUUCAAGGCCGCACACCUGGAGGGCGUGGAGCUGAAGCACAUGGGCCAGCAGCUGAUUGGUCAGUACCCAAUUCACUUCCACCUGGCAGGCGACGUGGAUGAAAAGGGAGGCUACGACCCGCCCACGUAUGUCAAGGAUCUCUCCAUCCACCACACGUUCUCCCGCUGUGUCACUGUCCACGGCUCCAAUGGCUUGUUGGUCAAGGAUGUUGUAGGCUAUAACUCUUUGGGCCACUGCUUCUUCACGGAAGAUGGGCCAGAAGAGCGCAACACUUUUGACCACUGUCUCGGCCUCCUCGUCAAGUCUGGAACCCUCCUCCCCUCUGACCGCGACAGCAAGAUGUGCAAGACGAUCACGGAGGACUCCUACCCAGGGUACAUCCCCAAGCCCCGGCAGGACUGCAAUGCUGUGUCCACCUUCUGGAUGGCCAAUCCCAACAACAACCUCAUAAACUGUGCUGCUGCAGGAUCCGAGGAAACUGGAUUCUGGUUCAUUUUUCACCAUGUCCCGACGGGCCCCUCGGCCGGCAUGUACUCCCCGGGUUAUUCAGAGCACAUUCCACUGGGGAAAUUCCUCAACAACCGAGCACACUCCAACUACCGGGCUGGCAUGAUCAUAGACAACGGGGUCAAAACCACCCAGGCUUCUGCCAAGGACAAGCGGCCCUUCCUCUCCAUCAUCUCUGCCAGAUACAGCCCCCACCAGGACGCCGACCCACUGAAGCCCCGGGAGCCAGCCAUCAUCAAACACUUCACCGCCUACAAGAACCAAGAUCACGGGGCCUGGCUGCGUGGCGGGGACGUGUGGUUGGACAGCUGCAAGUUUGCUGACAAUGGCAUUGGCCUAACCUUGGCCAGUGGUGGAACCUUCCCCUAUGAUGACGGCUCCAAGCAGGAGAUCAAGAACAGCUUGUUUGUCGGCGAGAGUGGCAAUGUUGGCACAGAGAUGAUGGACAACAGGAUCUGGGGUCCUGGUGGCUUGGACCACAGUGGAAGGACCCUCCCCAUAGGCCAGAAUUUUCCCAUCCGAGGCAUUCAGUUUUAUGACGGCCCCAUCAACAUCCAGAACUGCACUUUCCGCAAGUUCGCAGCCCUGGAGGGCCGGCACACCAGCGCCCUAGCCUUCCGUCUGAACAACGCCUGGCAGAGCUGCCCCCACAACAACGUCACCAACAUCGCCUUUGAGGAUGUCCCGAUUACUUCCAGAGUUUUCUUCGGGGAGCCCGGGCCCUGGUUCAACCAGCUGGACAUGGACGGGGAUAAGACAUCGGUGUUCCACGAUGUGGACGGCUCCGUGUCCGAGUACCCAGGCUCCUACCUCACCAAGGACGACAACUGGCUGGUCCGGCACCCAGACUGCAUCAACGUUCCGGACUGGAGAGGCGCCAUCUGCAGCGGGCGCUAUGCGCAGAUGUACAUUCAGGCCUACAAGACCAAUAAUCUGCGGAUGAAGAUCAUCAAGAAUGACUUCCCCAACCACCCUCUCUACCUGGAGGGGGCCCUGACCAGGAGCACACACUACCAGCAGUACCAGCCAGUCAUCACCCUGCAGAAGGGCUACACCAUCCACUGGGACCAGACCGCCCCCUCUGAGCUCACCAUCUGGCUCAUCAACUUCAACAAGGGUGACUGGAUCCGAGUGGGACUCUGCUACCCCCGGGGCACCACCUUCUCCAUCCUCUCAGACGUCCACAAUCGCCUGCUGAAGCAGACAUCCAAGACAGGCAUCUUCGUGAAGACCUCACAGAUGGACAAAGUGGAGCAAAGCCACCCUGGCCGCAGCCACUACUACUGGGACGAGGACGCAGGGCUGCUUUUCCUGAAGCUGAAGGCUCAGAAUGAGAGAGAGAAGUUUGCCUUCUGUUCUGUGAAGGGCUGCGAAAGGAUAAAGAUUAAAGCUCUGAUCCCAAAGAACGCAGGCAUCAGCGACUGUGCGGCCACGGCCUACCCCAAGUUCACGGAGAAGGCCAUCGUGGAUGUGCCCAUGCCCAAGAAGCUCUUCGGUUCUCUGCUGAAGACAAAGGACCACUUCCUGGAGGUGAAGAUGGAGAGUGCCAAGCAGCGCUUCUUCCACCUGCUGAACGACCUGGCGUACAUCCAAGUGGACGGGAAGAAGUACCCCAGCUUCGAAGACGGCAUCCAGGUGGUGGUGAUCGACGGGAAGCAAGGGCAGGUACUGAACCACACCGGCUUCAGGAACGCCAUCCUGCAGGGCAUCCCCUGGCAGCUCUUCAAUUACGUGGCGACCAUCCCCGACAAUUCCAUAGUUCUCAUGGCAUCAAAGGGAAGAUACAUCUCCAGAGGCCCGUGGACCAGAGUGCUGGAAAAACUCGGGGCACACAAGGGGCUCAAACUGAAAGAGAAAAUGGUAUUCGUCGGCUUCAAAGGCAGCUUCCGGCCCACCUGGGUGACCCUGGACACUGAGGACCACCAUACCAAAAUCUUCCAAGUGGUGCCCAUCCCGGUGGUGAGGAAGAAGAAGCUGUGAGGACCGCCGCCACCCUGUGCACCCCCACAGUGGACCCUGACACUGGAGUCUGGGCAGCAGCCCGGGGCAGCAAGGCCGGUUCCCACAGCCCCAGUCUGGCAGCUGCCGGGGAAGGCCACGUGUCAGCCCUGAUGGGCCAGGGGGCGGCUUCCGAGCCCCCUGGUGCUGCCGCCCGUCCCCCUCAAGUGUCUACCUGCAGCCCCCGGGGCCAUGUGGGCUGAUGCUGCAAACCUUCUCCUCCCUGCAGCCUCCCGGGGGCCUCUCUGUCUGUGCCUCUGCAGUGGGGGCUGUGGGGGCCACAGGGAGCCCUGGGCUCUACUGGCAAAAAAGGUCCCCUUUGGCAGGAGUUCUGCUCCAGCUGGGAGGAAACCUGGGGGUGGGAGGGCACGGUCGCUCACAGAUCUCCAUGCUCUCCAGCUCAGUGUUAGGGUGGGAGGUGCAGGAAGGAUCCUCAUUCCUGUAGGCAGGACCUGACCUCCACUGGGUUCAGAGCUCGGGCGUAGACAGAGCCCACCAAGAUGGAACCAGCUGCCCUCGGGGAGGACGAGCCUGCCUCCGGAGGAGGUCAGCCUCUCAGGAGACUUGGCGCCCAGGCCAUGAGCUGGACUAGGUGACUUUUAAAGGCCCUUUCAGUUCUGAGAGCCCAGAAGUCUGUGGCUUCUCAUGUUGUGUCUGGAGUCCAGCAGUAGGCGAGAACAUUCUUCUCAGCUGACAUCCAUGAUGCUGGGCGCUCCGGGCAGGCAGGAUGGAGGCGUGAGAAGCAAGGCCCAGGGUGAGGGGCUUGGCUGUCUGGUGCAACAGAUGGUCAGUGUAAGUGCCUUCUGAUGCUAGGCAGAGAAUCCUGAGAGGGCUCCCAGGAGGGAGAGAAAGGGUUUAUGUGCUCGGGUGGGUCUGGAAGCUUCUUGCAGGAGAGGCCCUGGGCUCGUAGGGUUGAAGGGCAGGGGGCUUAUGGGUGGCAGGGAUGGGGCAGCCUCUGGAGCAUUCAGAGGCUGAGCCCUUCCUGCCGAAGCUGGAUGACUUCAAGGUGGCCCAUUGCCCUGGACUCGCCGCCCCACCCAUAGCAGAGAAGCAUGCAUCAGAGGGAUGCUGGUGGGCCCCUGACACCCAGAAUGUGGGCCAGCCGGCCCCACCUAUGACUCCAACAGAGGCUGGAGUCAAGUCGAGAAGGGUGGGCUCCUCCAUGGGGGGCCCAUCUGCUCCUCACUGGGGAGCCCCCAAGAAGCGCUCACACCUCAGGGUGCCUGGGCUUUCAGAGCCAGAAAGGGCCUUAGGAGACACCUAGUCCAAAGCCUUGGUUGUAGAGAUGGGACGAUGAGACUCCAAGAAGGGGAAGAACCACACGGCCAGAACAGGGCCAGGACGGGAGCCCCCACUCCCCACACUCACUGCCACACCACGCUGCCUCAACUGCCAGCCGGAGGGGCCAGACACUCCUGAAGGACAAGCCCCCUAGAAGGGAGGAAAGAUGAGACUAGAGAGUUGUUAGCCAGGACUGUUUCUGCCCCGGGCCCCUCACCGUGCACACAAGGGCUCCCUCCUGUGGGCUCUGGAGGCCCUGCAGCCUCCAUUUGGCUCAAACUUACCAGCCCUCUGGAGGGGCGCCCAGCCACCGCAAUAACUGCACUGGUGCUAUCUGCAUCUGCAGGUCCGCAGGCGCGCCCAGCAGACAGUGUCAGGCCACCCUGACACAUCUUUGGAGAGCUGGCUAGGUGGCUCUCCCGGGUCCGUCCACCUCAGGCCCUCUUGGAGAACUGCCCACCUUGGAGAGCCAGGAGAGCUCUGGAAAAGGAAAACUCUGUCUGUGGUUUAUACUCUCUCGUGAGACCCCAGGGUCACCCUGGGUCUCAUGAUGACCGUGUCUGUCCCUUCUCCUGCCCCAGCCACAAACUCCUUCCCUUCUUGUCCUCAUCUGUUCAGCUGCACCCAGUGAGGCUCAGCCUUAAGUCCACCCCCCGCUCCCAGGGUGAGCCAGUCGCCAAAGAGGUUUUUCCCACUAAAUAAGUCUUUCAGCUGCUAGGGGGUGACGGUGGGACUCUGCCUCUAAGGACACGGCAGCUUCAGAGGCCCGAGUCCCUGCAGGGACCUCUUCCAGGAAGAUCAGAGGCCGUGGGGAGGAGAGUUCAGAUGACCUCAUGUUCUUUUCGUCUACAGUCCUGUUGAGUUUUUCUAAACUCUUAACGCAAGGGUCUCACACUGUGAACCACUUAGGGUGCGAUCACUUCCGAUGGCCAGGAAUAUUGACUGUCUUUGGUUCAGUUCAUGGAAAGAAAAUAUCUAUUUGAAAAUCCUCAGAGUUGUACAUUUGUCAAACAGCACAAGAUCUGUGCAUAUAACGUUCCUUCCAAAACCAUUCACCAAGAGCCCGUGUCUGGGCAUGUUCUUGGUAGCACAAAUUUUCUUACUGCUUAGAAAAUUGUUCUUGUUGUUCUUUCUGUUUGGAAGCCUCAAGAUGAGUUAGGCCUUAAAAAAAAAAAAAAAAAAAACACUCCUCUGAAAUGCUUGUCUUUUUCCUGUUGCCGAAAUAGCUGGUCCUUUUUCGGGAAUUAGAUGUAUAGUGUGUUUUGUAUGUAAACGUUUCUCGUAGGCGUCACUAAGAACAAAGAUAUAUUUUCUAUUUAUUUAUUCUAUUAUGCACUUCGAGAAAUUGUUGUCGGAGAAAUGAAGAAUCGUCUUAAAUGUCUUAUUUGGGUAUGUCCUUUGGACCGCUUGAAAGGGGUGUGUGUACCCAGGGCCUUCUGCUUGCAGCAGACAUCGGCUCUGGUUUGGAAAAUCUUGCUGUACUGUAGUAAACGUAAAAAGGAUGUCAUCCA